CCCGCACGGUCCUCUUUCUACGUUCUUCGUCUCUUCCCCCCUCCCCAUCGACGCGUCUCAGAGAGAGAGAGAGAGAGAGAGAGAUAGAGAGAGAGAGGAAGGGGAGAGGAGGGGCGAGGCAUCGAUGCCGAAGAGGACGACGCACACGUACUCGAGCGAGGACGCGGCCCCGGAUGGGCCCGAGUCCGACCUCUUCGUCUACUACUGCAAGCACUGUGGCUCCCAUGUCCUCAUCACCGAUACCCAAUUGCAGAAGAUGCCAAAGCGGAAAACGGAUAAAGCGCAUGUGCUGGACAAGAAGAAGCAUCUAGCAAGGCUCAAUGUAAAGGAGGCCGGAAAAGUCCUUCUAAAGCGUGGGGAGGGAAAAAUGGAGAAACAAUUUCGCAUGAUUUGUGUAGGCUGUGAACUUUUUGUUUGUUAUCGUUCUGAAGAGGAUUUGGAGCUUGCCCCAUUCGUAUAUAUCGUGGAUGGUGCACUAAGUUCUGUUGUAGCAGAAACAAAUCCACAGGAUGCCCCUGUACCCCCAUGUAUAUCACAGUUGGAAGGCGGCCUUGUCCAAGUGGCAAUUGAAGUAGAGGACCGUGCACAGCGUUCAGCAAUUACAAGAGUAAAUGCUGAUGAUGUUCGAGUCACAAUAGCUGCUCCAGCUGCUCGUGGAGAAGCUAACAAUGAACUGCUAGAAUUCAUGGGAAAGGUGCUGGGCCUAAGAUUGAGUCAGAUGACCCUUCAGAGAGGAUGGAAUAACAAAUCGAAGCUUCUAAUUGUUGAGGAUUUGUCCGCGAGACAGGUAUAUGAGAAGCUUUUGGAAGCUGUGCAGCCUUGAAGGGCCUAAUCUCUCGUUCAUAUGAGCGUAUUAGAAGAUUUCUCCAUUUGCAUUUCCUUGCGUGGAGCUGCAGCUGCUGAUGGUUUAUUGAACUAGUUUGGAAGCUGCUGAUGGUUUAUUGAACUAGUUUGGAAUCCCGUCUACAAACUAUGUUGGUCGCAUUGAAUCCUGAUACUAGAUUGCCAAAUUCCCCUUUUUAACGCUGGUCAUGUUGCAUUAUUCAAACUCAAUGGUUACUAGAAUGUGAAAUUGCAUCAUUCAAACUCAAUGAUUACUAGAAUGAGAACUUGCAUCAUCCAAACUCAGUGAUUUACUAGAAUGCGAAAUCCCCUUUUUGUUAACAAACUGUGCUGGUGUCUUGUCUCAUUCAGACUCUAUGAUACUGGCCAAGUUCCCCCUGUUACCAUAUUGUGCUGAUCAUAUUGUAUCAUUCAAACCUUGUGAUACUAGAAUGCCAAAUUGUUUUGAA